GCUCCCGGCAUCCCUCGGGCGGCGGCGGCGGCGGCGGCAGCAGCCAGGCGAGGCGAGGCGACGUGGGGGAGGACCGUGUGCGGCCGGGCCGGCGGCGGGUAGAGGUGUGAGGGCGGCAAGGGACCUGAACGGGAGCCGGGCCGGUGUGGCCGCCGCCGCCGCCAUGCAGGAAAUCAUCGCCAGCGUGGACCACAUCAAGUUCGACUUGGAGAUCGCGGUGGAGCAGCAGCUCGGGGCGCAGCCGCUGCCCUUCCCCGGCAUGGACAAGUCGGGGGCUGCUGUCUGUGAGUUCUUUUUGAAGGCUGCCUGUGGCAAAGGGGGCAUGUGCCCGUUCCGCCACAUCAGCGGCGAGAAGACCGUUGUGUGCAAACACUGGCUGCGGGGGCUGUGCAAGAAGGGGGACCAGUGCGAGUUCCUGCACGAGUACGACAUGACCAAGAUGCCCGAGUGCUACUUCUACUCCAAGUUUGGGGAGUGCAGCAACAAGGAGUGUCCCUUCCUGCACAUUGACCCCGAGUCCAAGAUCAAGGACUGUCCUUGGUACGACCGUGGCUUCUGCAAGCAUGGCCCCCUGUGCAGGCACCGGCACACGCGGAGAGUCAUCUGUGUGAAUUACCUCGUGGGCUUCUGCCCGGAGGGGCCCUCGUGUAAAUUUAUGCACCCUCGAUUUGAACUGCCGAUGGGAACCACCGAGCAGCCCCCACUGCCACAGCAGACGCAGCCACCCGCAAAGCAAAGUAACAAUCCGCCAUUACAAAGGUCGUCCUCCUUGAUCCAGUUAACGAGUCAGAACUCUUCUCCCAAUCAGCAGAGAGCCCCGCAGGUCAUCGGGGUCAUGCAGAGUCAAAACAGCAGCGCAGGCAACCGGGGACCCCGGCCGCUGGAGCAGGUCACCUGUUACAAGGUGAGUCCCGGGGCUGGAGGGCAGGGCGGGGUCUUCACAGUCAGCAGCCAUUCCCUCACUCCCCAGAGAGUUAGCUAACUUUGAUGAAUGAAAACGUCUUAAGGCCCGGAACAAAGUGGGUGCACGAAUCCAAGGAACAGAGAGAGUCCUGAAGCCUCUGGGUGUUCUCAGAUCCCACGUGACACACCCAAGGGGAAGGGACAAAGCUUUAGGCCUACUUGGGGAGGAACUGGAUUAGAACCCCCCUCCCACCACUCCCUCCCCCCAAAAAACAGGAUGCUCUGGGAAAGGGUAAAAUUUUAAAAACCUACUAGAAAACUUGUCUGUUUCAUUCUUGGCUCUGGAUGGAAAGUGGGGAGAAAAGCCCCUUCAGAGCUUGUGGCCACAGGCAGGCCCUUCCUUGGGUUUGGGCCUAUGUCCACGCCCUUGGUGAGGGCUGAAGAGCUACAGAGUUUUCCAGCCUGAAACAGCUCCGGAUGGGUGAGCCUGGGUGCCUGGCUUUGAGAAAUUUAGUCUCAACCCAGGUCACACAGAAUUUCCACAACUAGAGUUCUGAAGAAUGAGUUCACAGUUGAAAGUCACGAAACAGAAAAGGUAACGAGUACCACCAAGUGAGUAAUGAUAGAACGAGACUCGCGAAGAGUUCAGAUUUGGGGAUCACAAGACAAAGUACAAAAUUAGCAUGUGCUUUUGUAAAAACCUUUUAUUAGAUGACAUAGCAUUGUUUAGGGUACAGGUGAGUGUUGUACCUUAUUCCUAACCUUUCCUAAAAGAGCCACUUUCCUCAGCUCUUCGGUCCUCGUGUGUUUUGUAUUCAGUACCCUCCUUUAACACUGCAAAACUCCUGAAGGGGACCCCGCUCAGAGAAGUCUCUUCUAAGCUUUUAUUCACAUAAGCACAAGGACAGUACAUAUUUUAAUAUAUGUAGGGCCCGAGUACAUACAUUCUAUCAUCUUUUUUCUUUAUAACAUGUUCUAGAUCUAUGUCAAUAUAUGGAAAUCUAAUGUAUUUGAGGGACCGCAUAAUUUUACCAAUUCUGUUAGUAAACAGUUAUUUAUAGUCUUUGCUGCUAAAAGCAGUGCUGAAUCUGACAUUUGUGAGCUCCCGUCUGGUGUCUGGAGCAGCCAUGCCUACGAGGAGACACGCCAAGUCAAAAAAGCAUAUGCCUAUAUUGUUCCUAGAGCUUGCCUUUAAGAAAGGCUGAGCCACUGGCCACCUGUCGGCCAUCAGACCCUCCAAGUGAGCACCUGCUCGGCUGAGAAACCCGACUGCUGUGCUCCUUGCCGGGAGGGGUCUGGUUCCGAGGGAGGGGAAGGCAGGUGCCCAGACGCCGAAGGUAAAAGUGCACAUGCACUUACGGAGGGCCUCAGAGGUUUCUGAGCCUGAGCCCUAACAGGUGAGGAGAGUUAGAAAGGGGGCCGUGAACGAAGGUGAAGGGAGGUGGCAGGCAGGCAGAUGGCUUCCCACCAGGCAGUUCUCAAGAACAGUGAGAAAACUCGGGUGUCCUGAGUCAGCUGAGCUGUCUUCUUGCCCUCCCCACCCGGGACUCCAGCAGGGCCUCUGUCAAGCAAGCUCUCCGGAGUCCUGGAACCUCAGACGGGUGGGGGUGGGGCUGGGGGGACGAAUCUAACAGCCUCUUCCUACCACGGGGACAUCACAAUUAAUAUUAAGGACACUUUGUGGGAAUCCUGGAUUCCCCAGGAUCAGCUGUGGAGGCCAAUGGACAAGCCAAGUGCCGUAUGCAGGGUCACCAAGUCCCUCCCCCUGGUUAUCACACCUGCCAAAGCAGCUCCCCUGGCCACUCGUCCACGAGUCACACCUGUAGAUCAGACAGACUGGACAACACAGGGACUGUGGGGUUGGGGAACAGAGGAGGCAGGAGUUCCGGGCGGUGACCAAGUAGAGCCCCAAGUCCCAGGCCGAGGAAGCAGGGACUGGGAGGGCGCAGCGUGGCUGCCCCCACCACCUGUCUCCCUCCCCUUGUCCAGUGCUCAAGGCUGCCCUCUCCUUCCUUGUAAUUCCCUUCUGCUCUUUGAGGAGUAACAAGAACAAAUGGGGAGAAGCUAAGGAAGGGCCUGGAAAACCAGCCGGGACAAGUUGGGGUCAGUGCUAGAGUUCUGAGAGCUGAUUCCACCGGGUCUGCUCACCAAGUCUCAUCAAUGUCCCGUCUCUCUGGUCCUGUGACCAAAACCUAUCCCCAGGGGUAGCUUAGGCCAGUACGCAGGAGCCAGGAGGGAAAACUGGGUGCAGCCCUCCUGUCCACGCAGUGAAUCCCUCAGUGGGGGGAGGAGCCUGGUGGCUUCUCUCGCCUUGUUGCCUCCCGUCUCCAGGGAGUCGCAGAUGGGUGCCUCAGAGGUAAGUGACUGGCCAGCGUGCAGCGGGGCGCUCUGGUGCCACGGCCCUCUCGUCCUGCCCCCCACAAGAGCCCUUCCGUGUCUGGCGUGGGCCCGCCCCUGCCCAGAGCAGCACCCACCCUGCCGUGUGCUUUCUGCCGCACGGUCUCCUCCAUCUGCUGAGCUGCUGGCUGCAGUGUCUGCACCGCUGUACCUUCUAAAGCUCCUUUUCCCUCAUGUUUGAAUGAAAAUCUGCCACUGGGAAUUCCAGAGUCCCUGUCCCCAACCUGGUAUUUGGUGGGUGCCACCUUAGUUGAAAAUUGCAUUUGAAACUUUUUUUUUUUUGUCUCCUCCUUCCCUUCUUGCUAUUCCCAGUGUGGUGAAAAAGGACACUACGCCAACAGAUGCACCAAAGGGCACUUGGCCUUUCUCAGUGGACAGUGACAGCAGCUGGAGCCAGCCCAGAGCAGCCCGAGCGGCCUGUUGUUGGGGACCACUCCGGGCUGUCCUUGGGAGUGUACAUUUAACUGCUCAGUGCCAGUGCCGGGGCAGCUCUGGCUGGAGCUGGCGGGCGGGCGCGCUGGGUUUUAUUCUGUGGGGCUAUGUCUGUCAGUUUCCCUGUCAUUUUGCUGUGACCUUUUUUUUAAAGGACAU